GGACACCCGUCGAUUGAUUAGACAAGUUCAUCGGUAUAUCUUUCGUGUUAAAAGUGUAUAUUUUUGUCUAUAUUGUCUUUAUUUGUACAUACAUUUACCUCAACAAACAAACCAUGGCAAGCGGCGACGAACAGAACGCUACUUCCAAUCUCUCUCCGCGAGAUAUUUUCGAGAUUCAACAAACUUGGAAGCCGUUGUAUGCCGAUGCUGGUAACUAUGGAGUCGAAUUGUUUAAAAGAUUGUUCCACAAGAAUCCGGAUAUAAAGAACUACUUCAAGCAGUUUCGCCAACUGGACGAUGAUCAAUUAUCUCAAAGCAUGCAAUUUCGAGCUCAUGUGAUCAAUUUUAUGUCAGCAUUCAAUAUGGCCAUACUCAAUCUUAAGGAACCCGAACUUGUGAUAGCUAUGAUGAAUAAACUUGGCGAAUCGCAUAACAAGCGUCAUGUAAAAGAAAAGGAUUUUGAGACACUGAAGGGAGUGCUGUUUCGAUUCUUAAUAGAUGAUUUGAAACUUGGUGACAGUAAAAUAGUUUCGUGGACACGCUUCGUCGAUUUUAUAUGUCUUCAUAUAAUUGAGAAACUGGAAAAAAAUUAGCAUCGUUCCAUUGUACCUACGACCA